AAAAGGUAGAGCCCACCAUUAGCCAAUCAACGCAGGUGAUUUUUCUGCCUUUCUUUGCACAAAUCUAUAUUAAGUACAUAAAUUUCAAAAAGACUUUUGAAAUACAUUGGAUAUAUCCAUAUAAUGCUCUUUUUCUUUUAGAAUGCGAAGGCAAUAUUAAGAGAGAAGUUGUGAUUAUCACUGAAAGUUCUGAUUUGUUACCAUACAAUCGCGCUAAUAUGCUCUUUCAAACUGCUACGAGACUUGGUGGAACACUUUACUCCAAAUACAGAACUGUCAAAACGUUACAAGUUCGCUUAUCACGGGAUCAGAAAUAUAACAAUAAGUAUUAUUUUGAAAGUUCGACUAUCAAAAGCAAAAGUGAACACCCAAGUCAAGUGUUUGAAAGAAUUGAUAAUGAGGCAACCGAUACUUUUCUUGGACUGAAAGAUACAGACCAUGCAUCCAUUAUCUGGUUAACAGAUGUUGCUGACUACACAGAAAGUGAAGAAUACACAUUCAAUCUAUUUGGAUUGUCAAAUACUUCAGGACAACCUUUGAAAUACCGCAUUGUCGUCGUAGGACACACUGCAUAUAACGUGAACAUUGUCAAUGACGUAACUCAAUUGACAAUAAGAGACAUAAAUAUUCUUGGCACCCUGGGAGCAACCUUGUUUCCAAGUAUUUGCAAAGGUCAACCUGUUCAUUGUAAAGAUAGGUAUCGAUGCAGUCUUAGUAUGGUAUGUAUUCCACAAGAACAAGUUUGUGAUGGUAAACAUCAUUGCCAAUAUGGUGACGACGAGGAGCUAUGUGAGUUCAAAUGCCCUGAAAUAUGUGUUUGCAAACCUGGUAUCAUGAUAUGUACUGACGUUCAUACAAAUAAUCAGACAAUCCGAAUCCCGGCCGCCACUCGUAUUUUAGACCUAAGUAACACAACAAAACUUGGAGCGAAUAUUCUAACGAAUCGGGACAUCAAACAUUUAGCGCUACUAAUUUCAUUUAACAUUUCAAGAUGUGGUAUAAGUGAAAUAUCUGAAUCGUCAUUUCAACAAUUUACCAGUUUAUUGAAAUUGGAUAUUAGCUAUAAUAAAAUCAUAAGGCUAUCCCGCGAUACAUUCAUUCAUUUGCGUAAUUUAAAAGAGCUUUACAUGUCUGGAAACAAAAUGUUAAGAGUUUUAGAACCUGGAGCUUUCAACGGUCUGAAAAUCAAGUCACUUUCUAUAAACAAUGCCAAUAUUGAACGUUUAGACGCAAGAACAUUUGCAGGAUUAAAUCUUGAAAAUCUUGAUUUAGCAUCAAAUGGAAUAAAAGCUAUUGCCGACCUAACGUUUACUGGAUUGAUUUGUCAAAGUAUCAAUAUUGAAAAUAAUCCAGUGUCUAUUUUUUCGAAAAGAAUGUUUGACGGUGUGACUGCAGUCAAAAAGCUCGUCACUUCUGCUUACAAAUUUUGUUGUAUUCGACCUGGGUACUUGAAUGAAGAAAACUGCUUACCAUAUAAAGAUGAAUUUUCAUCAUGUACACACCUGAUGAGAAACACUACGCUACAAGGAUUAAUGUGGACAAUAGGGUUGUUGGCUCUCACUGGUAAUGUGUUGUCUAUAGUUUAUAAGCUAAUCUACGACAGAAAUAGGCUGAAACUUGGAUAUGGAAUAUUUGUCACAAAUCUGGCAGUUUCUGAUUUGCUAAUGGGCAUUUACAUGCUUAUCAUUGCUACGGCAGAUAAAUUGUUCAUGGACAGGUAUAUUGAGGUAGACGAAUACUGGAGGAAUAGUGCUUGGUGUCAUUUUGCCGGAGUUAUAGCAACAAUAUCAUCAGAAGCGAGCGUACUUUUCAUGUGUCUCAUAACAAUAGAUAGAGUUCUUGUUAUAAAAUUUCCCUUUGGACAGUACCGUUUCUCAACGUUAACAUCUACAGCAUCUGCAGCAGCCGCAUGGUCUUUAGCUGUUCUUAUUGCGCUUGUUCCUGUCUUACAUACCGACCAUUUUCAUAAUAAGUUCUACAGCAAAUCUGGCGUAUGUCUUGCAUUGCCGCUUACACGUGACAGACCACCAGGAUGGCUUUAUUCCGUUAUUGUUUUCAUUGGAUUCAAUAUGAUCACCUUUACACUUAUCUCCGCGGGUCAGCUGCUUAUCUACGCAGAGGUUCGCAAACAUAAUAUGUCGAAGAAACGUUUAAACAUGACCCGCAACAACGAGUUAACGGUGGCAAGAAAUCUUCUUCUGAUUGUCGGAACCGACUUCAUCUGUUGGUUUCCUAUUGGAUUUAUGGGUUUUCUGGCUUUAUCAGGGCACGUUAUUCCCGGAGAGAUGUAUGCUUGGACAGCGGUUCUUAUUCUGCCUAUUAACUCGGCGUUGAAUCCAUUCAUGUACACAUUCUCUGCUAUUAUCUCCAGAAAGAACAUUGCCUACUCAACGAUUGUUUCCAAUGAUGCGGAAGAUUGUGGAAAAGUAAUUAUGGACGUUCUACCUUACUUUAUACAGAAGAUUCUCCGUUCUAGUAGAGCCUACAUCCUGGAGGAGGUUUUGCAAAAGAAAUCUUUCUCAGCCUUUGAAAUCGCAUACAUUAUCCAUAAUGUUAUCAGUUACACAGAUAUAGUUCAUAAGAACGGACUUGUUUUCGACGGGCAAAUCACUGCAGAAAACAUUGUUGUGCAACUCAACUCCGAUUCAAAGAUAUCAAGUAAAGCUACGAUAAUGGGAAUACCAUCUAUGUCAACAAAAAGAGCGAAGAAAAUUGGACAUGCCCACGACGAUAUCUAUGAUGUUGGUAAAUUUAUUGAGAGGCUGUUGAAGAAUGUCGCUAAUUCGAGAACAGAAUGAUGCUUAUACUUUUAAGAAGCUUAUUUCUCAUUAUGUUUACCAUUUGAAAAUGAAGUGUUAUUAAA